AUGGCCUCCACCAGUACCCAAAUCGUUUCUUUUUCUUCUACUUCAAUCCCCCGAUGGAAUCACGAUGUUUUCUUGAGUUUUAGAGGUGAAGAUACUCGCUACAGUUUCACUGAUCACCUCUAUACGAGUUUGGUUCGAAGAGGUAUUCGCACCUUCAGGGAUGAUAAACUAAAGAGAGGGGAAGAGAUAGGAUCUGAGCUCCUGAAGGCUAUUGAAGAAUCAAGGUUUUCCAUAAUCAUAUUCUCCCCUAACUAUGCUCAUUCAAGAUGCUGUUUGGAUGAGCUCCUGAAGAUCAUGGAGUGUAGGAAAGAAAUGGAACAAACAGUUUUACCAAUUUUCCAUCAUGUGGAUCCAUCCCAUGUACGAAAGCAGACAGGAAGUUUUGGGGAAGCAUUUGACAAUCACAAAGCAGACACAGAAGAAAAGAAAGAGAAGGUGCAAAGGUGUAGAACUGCAUUGACAGAAGCAGCUAAUCUAGUAGGGGAGGAUGUAAGGACGGGAGAUGAAAAAUACUAAGGGGAUAUUCCUAGACUUGUCUAAAAUAAAGCAAAUACAAUUUAGUACAAAGGCUUUUGCAAAAAUGAAGAAACUAAGAUUACUCAAAGCCUAUUGGAAGGAUCAUUAUGGUUCAAUGAAAAAGGAGUAUAAAUUGCUCCUUCCUCAAGAUUUUGAAUUUCCUUCAU